AUCGUGUCGUCGUCCGUAUAAAAAUGGUGGUGCGUCCCAAGCGUACGUUGUCGGUUCAACGAAGAAGAAUAAUUUCAAGUUGGAACGAAGUACAAAGCAGGUUAUAAAGACUGAAAUCGUAUCCGCAUGUGAUAGCCGAACUAUUAAGCGUGAUAUCUCAUCGACUAGUGAUAUAUUCGAAGUGUUCCCGUUUAAAUUAACCCGUCUCGUUAGUGUGUGUGUGUGAGUGUGUUGGUUUGUUUGGCAGUGUAUGUGUGUGUUCGUGUGCGCGGACUCCGUCGUCGUUCUCCGCGUCCUACUCCUCCUACUCCUCAUCCCGUACCGUGUGCACUACGGACAUAUUAUUUUAAGAAAGAUCCGCUUACUACUGAGACUGAUCCCCGAAUCAUCGCGCGAAUUUAUUGUGAAUUGUGGUUAAUUUUACGUACAAUAUCUAAUAAAAAUAAAAAUCGUAGUGCCCCCAUCAUUGGAGAAUUCCCUUAGAAGUUAUUUGUAGAAAAAUCUCUGGCUGGCCAGAACUGACAUGGAGCACUAGCUACGAUGCGCGUCCCCACUCCCUCCGAGCCGAAAAACUAUACAUUUCCUACCUUUCAAGUGCCUCAACUGUCAGCCAUGAGGGGCCGCGCACCCCUAGUACAACAGAAACAUCAGCAGCAGCAAGAGUAUGAAGAAGGGGCGCCGCCGCCGAUAGAAAAGUUGACGUUGAUGAAGAUGGCGGCGCCGCCAUCCACACCGCACUGGCAGCGGCAAGCAGCGUCCGGGGCCCAGCGGGGGGGCAGAGCCGACCCCCCGCCGCCGGCUCCGUCCCACGUCAUACACUCUGUGAUAGCCGGCUCAGGUCGUAGCGGAGAGAACGGUUUAAACCCACCGCUGAGGGGCAAAACCGAUCUGCGCUGCGACCCGACUAAUAACGUUAGGACGAUGCAAUCUGUGACCGAAAACUGUCUUCUGAACUCUGUUACCGUACCAAAUAAAUGUAAUAAGAAUAAUAUUAUUAUUAAUAAUAGUAAGGAUAAUAACGAUGAUAUAAUAGUAAUAGUUAAUGAAUGGGGUUACGACGACGAGCGAAAGAAACAACAGCAACAACGUAAUAAUGAUAAGUCAAAUUUAGCCAUUAAGUGUAUCGGUGCUUUAAACCAUCAUUUCUCUUCUCAAGACAUUCCCUACGAAAAGUCUGAUGACCUCCUCGAAAAAUACUAUGAUAACGAUGACGACGAUUUUGAACCUACUAUUACUGCUACUUCUACGGACCUACCGACAAUUAAUAAUGCCUACUUCGGCAAUUCAUUCUACCGCCAACGUGAUAUCACAACCACCACCAACACUUUCAGUACCUCGAAAUUAAUCUAUGAAGACAAUUAUGAUUAUUCUAGGGCGUACGCGCCUCCAUUGAGGUUACGAGGUGGAGGAGAAAGCUCUAUCAGCGCAGGCACUACCGGGUGGGGUACACCCCCAUCACAACAGGCCAGUAAUAAUAACGGAAACACCAGCGGGUGGGGCACAGCAAAUUCGACCAAUCAAAACAACGCGGGUACACAACAGUGGAACACAAAUUCUAACAGACCGCCUACCUCCGGCCCUGGCAACUCUCAGGAUUCCAAUAAACAAAACUCGAACCUGCCACAAAACGGCCAACAACCGCCCACGACGCAAUCGAACAACGGUUGGGGUCAGCCGAGUAAGCCCCAACCUGGUGGCUCAGUACCUAACGCCGUAGCCACCGUUAACAACCCAUCGGCAAACGCAAACUCGAACAACGCGCAAGGACAACAAUCGAACUCGACCAAACAGCAAUUGGAACAAUUAACGAAUAUGCGAGAGGCUAUCUUCAGUCACGAUGGAUGGGGAGGCCAACACGUAAACCAAGAUACCAACUGGGACAUUCCUGGUUCUCCUGAACCCCAAUUAAAAAUGGACGGAUCUGGAACGCAAGCUUGGAAACCGACUGUUAAUAAUGGAACUGAAUUGUGGGAGGCUAAUUUACGCAACGGCGGUCAACCACCACCACAACCCCAACAAAAAGCUCCGUGGGGGCAUACACCUUCCACUAAUAUUGGGGGUACUUGGGGCGAAGAUGAUGAUGUUACUGAUAGUUCUAAUGUAUGGACUGGAGUUCCACCCGCACAGCAACCUUGGGGUGGAGCCAAUAAUGCUAACACUGGGAAUACAAGCAAUACUACAGCUAUGUGGGGUGGUCCUAAAAAAGAAAACGAUUGGGGCACGGGUGGUGCAACUAACGCUGCCGCUUGGGGCGAUCCUAGAACCGCAGAUCCACGUGCUGCUGCAAUGGAUCCUCGUGAUAUGCGUCCGGAUCACCGUGAUAUUCGCACUGGAACUUCCGAUCCAAUGCGUAUGCUUGAUCCAAGAGACCAAAUGAGGCUUGUUGGGGGAGAUAUGCGAGGAGAUCCUAGAGGUAUAACUGGAAGAUUAAAUGGAGCAGGAGCAGACGCAUUUUGGACUCAAACCGCUCAACAAACAACCACACAUCACAUGCAUCAACCCAAGAUGCCGAUGGGUCCUGGAAAUAACACCGGAUGGGAGGAGCCUUCACCACCAUCGCAAAGACGAAAUAUUCCUCCUAAUUAUGAUGAUGGAACAUCUUUAUGGGGUAAUCCUCAACAAGGUGGGGCAAUGGGUAGAAACAACGCAGCCGGACCACCGGGUAUGCCUCAAUCGCGCAUUAAACCAGAUGGAGCCGUUUGGGGUCAUGGUCGUAAUGGUUCUUGGGAUGAUUCUGGUCCGGGAUGGGAUGAAACGGGUCCAUGGCCAAAACAAAAACUUCCUGGCGCCCCAAUUUGGGAUAACGACGGCGAUUGGGUUGGUCACAAACCGGGACCUAAACAACCACCAAUUAGUAAAGAAUUGCUGUGGAAUUCUCGCCAAUUCCGCACGUUGGUCGAUAUGGGAUAUAAAAAGGAAGACGUCGAAAACGCGCUUCGUAUGCGCGAUAUGAACAUGGAUGAUGCCCUUGAUAUGCUCGGCACUUUGAGGAAUCAAAAUUUAGACGGCUGGAGAGGCAGGCAUGAUGAUCAUUACGAUCACCCACAAUUCGCGGGGCAACGAUUCCCGACGGGGCCGGCUGCGCAAAUGAAUUUCCCCCCGGGUGCAAAUCCUCCGAGCUUGUUGAACAAUUUAAAUAGCGCCGCCGCUGGCGCGAAUAGUUCGCUUAUAAACAACAUGUCGCCGGCUAUAGUACAAAAAAUGCUGUCGCAGAGCGGUGGAAAUCAAAGCUAUGGAGCUUCUAACCUGCCCGGCGCCAGGUCAGCUUUGCAACCCCCCUCGCAACCAUCUACCGCUCAAUUGAGGAUGCUGGUACAGCAGAUUCAGAUGGCUGUUCAAGCUGGAUACUUGAAUCAUCAGAUAUUGAAUCAGCCAUUAGCACCGCAAACGUUGGUGUUACUGAAUCAGCUGCUUCAGCAGAUCAAAACGUUACAGCAAUUGGGUAAUCAACAGAAUAUGGCUCAGCAGCAGUGUAUUGGAGGCAAGGCCAAUAAUACCUAUCUGCAGUGUUCAGUUUUAAUUACAAAAACUAAACAGCAAAUACAAAAUUUGCAGAAUCAAAUAGCAGCUCAACAGGCAAUUUACGUUAAGCAGCAGCACAACAUGGGUUCAGGCGGUGCGCCGACUGACUUAUUUAAGUCCACCGCAAUGCACGAUUCCAUCAAUUCGUUACAAAGCAAUUUUGCCGAUAUUGGUCUCAAGGAUACUCAGAUGAGCCAGCAGCAAUCUCGUUUGAACCAGUGGAAGCUGCCCACGCUCGAUAAAGAGGAGGGCGGGGAAUUUAGUAGAGCCCCUGGAUCCGUUUCUAAGUCACUCGCCCCCUCUCACAGUUCUCCGAAUCUCAAUAAUCCUCUUGGUCUAACUCAACCGGAUGGGCCUUGGUCUAGUGGACGUUCUGGUGAUACAGGUUGGCCAGAUUCCGGAGCAGGAGACGCUGGAGCUCCUGAUCUUAAAGAUUCUUCCCAAUGGGUUAACGAUUUAGUACCUGAAUUUGAACCUGGAAAACCCUGGAAGGGAACACAAAUGAAAUCAAUCGAAGAUGAUCCAAGCAUCACCCCAGGUUCAGUCGUGCGAUCUCCACUCUCCGUUGCCACGAUUAAAAACGACAACGAACUAUUCAAUAUAAACGCUAAUAAGAGUCCGCCAUUAGGCGAUAAUUUAACUCCUCUCAGUUUGAGCUCGUCCACUUGGAGUUUUAACCCGCCCGCAUCAACUGCUACGAUGAUUUCAAGUCCGCAAAAUAAACUGCCCACUUCGAAAGUAGUCCUCGGAGACUUAAACACGCCUACUGCCGUCACAACUGAAUUGUGGGGCGCCCCGAAACCGCGCGGACCUCCACCUGGCCUAUCCGCCAAAGGAAUCAACGGUUGGUCGAGUAAUUUGGGUGGAAAUGCUUCGGGUCCAUGGGGUGGAACCCAAAGGAAUUGGUGCCAAGGAGGCGGUUCUCCAUGGGUUUUACUUAAAAAUUUAACUGCCCAGAUUGACGGUUCUACUUUACGCACACUUUGUAUGCAACAUGGUCCGUUACAGAGUUUCCAUUUACAUCAAGGAUUUGCUUUAAUUAAAUACACAACUCGCGAAGAAGCUGCUAAGGCUCAAACUGCAUUAAAUAAUUGCGUUUUGGGUAAUACAACAAUUUUGGCUGAGAAUCCAUCCGAAUGGGAAGCAAGUCUUCAUUUACAACAAGUGUCGAGUCAACAAGGUGGUUCAACCGGAUCGUGGCGUAACUCUGGUAAACAACAAGUUGUCGGUACGGCUGAUACAUGGAGUACUGGUUGGCCAAAUGCUUCGUCGACGAGUUUAUGGGGAUCAAGCGCCCUUGAUUCAGCCGAUCAAUCUAGGGCCACCCCAUCGAGCCUCAAUUCUUAUCUACCCGGUGAUCUUUUGGGUGGUGAAUCUAUGUAAGAAAAAAUAAUUAAAAACGGAAGUAAAAAAAAGGAGU